CUAAAAGAAGAGAAUGCCAGUUUGAGAAGCAAGAUCAAUAAGCUUCAGAUUUUCUCUGAAACACAAGCAGACAAGAUGAGGAAGCUUGAAAAAAAGCUUGAGGAAAACAAAAUUAAAGAAGAAAAAGAAGCGCAGGAUUUGGAAGCAAUGGUGCAGCACGUGGAACAAAAUCUGCAGCUGAUGACUAAACGGGCUGUUAAAGCAGAAAACAGUGCUACAAAACUGAAACAGGAGAAUGCAUUGCUGCAGGUUCAGCUGAAGAAUUACAAGACAGAGAAUGAAGCCUUGAAGUCGGGCCAGUCGGCGAGCCUGGCUGCGGUGAAACAAAACGCAGACCUUGCCCUACAGAACCUCCUCACGGUCAUAACAAACUCCCGGUCUUCAAUAAAGCAGCUGGUCUCCGGAGCAGAAUCACUGCAGCUCGUAGCUGAUCUCCUGAAAUCAAUAGACAGAAUCUCUGAAAUGUCAGAAGAUGGACAGUAAAACUACACAAC